ACGAUGUCGGAGACUUUUUCUAUUUGACGUUUUGUACAUUGACGGCAUGUUUUACAAUUUUGUCGUAUUGUCAUCAGCUGUAAAAAAUUGUUGAUAACCUAUGGCUAUGUAAUUUUGUAUUUGUUCUUAAAAAAAAUCACAAAAACAUAACAUGAAUAAAUUAACUUCGUACACAAUAAGAGAAAUUCAGAAAUCAUAUGCCGACAAAAUUUUGACACCCACAAGUUUCGUUGAUUUAAGUCUUCAGAGAGCCAAGCAAACCAAAGAAUUGAACGCAUACGUAACAAUAACAGAGGAUGUUGCCGAAACCCAUAGCAUCGAGAGUGAAAAGAGGUUUUAUAUCUACAAAAAGCCAAAACUAUUGGAUGGUGUUACAGUUGGUAUCAAAGAUAAUUUUUGUACCAGCAAUAUAGCGACUACGUGCGCGUCGGAGAUGCUGAAGAACUUCGUGCCGACGUACGAUGCCACUGUAUACUCCAGACUGAGACGCGCGGGUGCCUGUUUGAUCGGCAAGUGUAACCUUGACGAGUUCGCCAUGGGCUCCGGGACAGUGGACUCCGUGUUCGGGCCUACCCGGAACCCGUGGUCGUACGACAAGGACAAGUGGAGAAUCGCGGGCGGCAGCUCUGGCGGCAGUGCGGCCGCAGUGUGCUCGGGGUCCUGCUUGGCAGCUAUAGGAUCCGACACUGGAGGAUCCACUCGCAAUCCUGCUGCUCUAUGUGGUGUUGUUGGCCUCAAACCAUCAUAUGGACUUGUGUCUAGAUAUGGCUUAAUACCAUUAGUGAACUCCAUGGAUGUGCCAGGCAUCUUAGCAAGGACAGUUGAUGAUGCAACAAUGGUGUUGAAUGCAAUUGCUGGACCUGAUAAAAAUGACUCCACAACUAUCAAAAGAGUUUACAAUCCCAUCACAUUAAGGGAUAUUGACUUGUCUUCUGUUAGGAUUGGCAUUCCGAAAGAAUACUACUGUAAGGGUAUGAGCAGAGAAGUGUUGGAGACAUGGAGUUAUGUAACAGAUCUGCUGGAAAACGAAAAGGCAAUAGUAAAGUCUGUGUCCUUACCACACACAAAUAUAUCCAUAGCCGUCUACUACAUAUUAAAUCAAUGCGAAGUUGCGAGUAACAUGGCACGGUAUGACGGCGUACAAUAUGGCCUCAGGGCAAGCGCUACAUCCUCUACUGAAGAAUUAUACGCUACUACUAGGCAUAGGGGCUUCAACAAUGUUGUCCGGUCCAGAAUCCUAGCUGGGAACUAUUUCUUAUUAACAAAGAACUAUGUAAAGUACUUCAUAAAAACUCUCAAACUGAGAAGGCUUAUCGUACAAGAUUUUCAGAAAGUAUUUCACAAUGUCGAUGGAGUUGACUUGUUGUUGACGCCCACCACUCUGACGGAUGCUCCUUUAUUUGAAGACUUUUCUCAGAGAACCAACAGGGAUCAAUGUGCUUUACAGGAUUACUGCACGCAGCCUGCCAACAUGGCUGGGAUUCCCGCUAUUUCAAUACCCAUCAAACUGUCCGAGAACAGGAUGCCAUUAUCACUCCAGCUUAUGGGUCCACCACUGUCCGAAGAUUUGCUCAUGAAUGUUGCAAGAAAGAUUGAAAGUUUAGUACAAUUUCCAGUGUUAAAGGCAGUGACUUAAAUUAUAAAAUUACAGUAUGUUUUUAUGAAUAUUUUGACUGUCUUUAUUGUAAAAUGCCAUAAAAGUAACUGUUCUAACUAACUGAAAUCUGUCAAUAAGGUAAAUUAAAAUUUAUUGAAGUUACAGCUACAACCAAA